CUUACCCUCUGACCCUGGCCUUCUGCUGUGCAAAGCUGAACAACACUUCGUUCUUGACUCUGAGUCUUUAGCCUAGGUUACAUCUUUCUUUAUCAAUCUUGCUGUCCUUGCUGCAAUGUUGUCUCAGAUAAGGGCCCGGGUAUUUGUAAGUCGAAGAAUUCCCCCCAAAGCGCUGCAAAUGCUACAGGCGGGAUGUGAUGUAAACUGCUGGGAUUCUGAUGAGCCACCGUCAAGAAAAGGUUACUUAGAUUCGGUUCGAGGAAUUGAUGCUUUGUUUUGUUUACUAACAGACAAGAUUGAUGCCGAGCUCCUAGAUGCUGCAGGACCUGGACUGAAAGUAGUCUCGACAAUGUCUGUUGGACAUGACCAUAUUGACUUACAAGAAUGUAAGGCAAGAAAAAUAACUGUUGGGUAUACUCCUGGCAUUCUCACUAGUGCUACUGCAGAGCUGACUGUAGCUUUACUUCUUGCCACUUCGAGACGUCUUAAAGAAGGAAUGAGAGCUGUCGUGAAUGGAGAAUGGGGCACCUGGAAGCCGACUUGGCUGUGUGGCUCUGGCCUGGACGGAUCAACUGUUGGUAUUGUGGGGUUGGGCAGAAUUGGCAUUGCAGUUGCUCAGUGCCUGAAACCAUUCGGUGUGGCACAGUUUUUGUACUCUGGACGGUCAGAAAAGCCGGAAGCGGAAAGUAUUAAAGCAAAAUUUGUGCCCUUUGAUGAUCUGCUUCAGACUUCGGAUUUCGUGAUCGCAUGUUGUGCCCUCACACAGGAUACUGCUGGGCUAUUCAACAAGGAUGCUUUUUCAAAAAUGAAAAAAUCUGCUAUAUUUGUCAACAGCAGUCGUGGUGGUGUUGUAAACCAGGAAGACCUGCUUCAUGCAUUAACUAGUGGUGAGAUAGCCGGUGCAGGCUUGGAUGUUACUUCACCAGAACCUUUACCCACAGAUAACCCCUUGUUGAAACUUGAUAACUGUGUUGUUCUCCCUCACAUAGGCAGUGCCACAUACAGCACCCGAGAAGCAAUGGCAGUGCUGGCAGCUGAGAAUUUGUUAGCAGGUGUGAGGGGAGAACCCAUGCCAUGUCAGUUGGACUGAAUAACAUGUGACAUAAAAUUUUAGUAAUGCAAAUGUUUGCACUCAUAGUAUUCCAUCUCUUUGGUGUAACUCAGAACUUUUUAAAUGGGAUUUUCUUUUUACUAAGAUAAUACUACUUCUUAUAUUUGAGAAAGAUAUAAAAAGCGUUAUUGUAAUGAAUAUGAAAGAGGCUACAAUAACUUUGUGUUUUGCAUAACUUACUUUACAUAAAAAGUGUAAUGGACAUGACAUUAUCAAUAGUACACAUGUAAUUUAAUUGAUAUUGUGCUCAUGACUACAGCAAUACAAAUUCCAUGACUUCUACAUCAUCAUAUCUACAUUUAUACUUGAAAAUGAAACUAGAUUAUGUACAUUAUUACGUCAGCAGUUUUGAGUAUUCAUGACUUCAGCAGUAUAAAUUAGUCUGUUUGUGACUUCGAGGAUGUAACAUUCAUUGUUAUAUUAAUAUUACAUACUUAACUUUUGACAGGACAGUUCACAUGACAACUUCAACAAUAAUUGUGAUAUAAUAUAUAAAUUUCAGACAAUGUCAUACUCUUUUCUUAAACAUGACUUCAACAACAAAAUAUUGGUGACUUUGAUAGUGUCUUGAAUUUAUGUGUCAUUUUUCAGGAGUAUAGCGAUCAUGACUUUAAGGAUAUAAAUAUUUUAUGCUUUUACAGUUCUUAACUCGUAACUUCAAACAAUGUUGUAGACUCCAAUUUUUUUUACUUUAAUUCUUUGAGCCCUGGUCUUGUGAGCCAAUUGGAGUCUUGCACCUGAGGUCCAUUUGGUCGACUGUUUAAUUCCGUAGCUCUGCACUCCUCAGACAUACAUUUGUUGCAUAGAUGGGAACAGUAGGAAUGUCUUCCACUUCCAGCCCUUUGUUGAGAUCUGUAUCAAACUCCCUCACUUUGACUUUGAUGACCUAACACACAUUGUUCGAAGCAGUAGCUGGUCUUCCCAAAGAAAGUUUGGUUGAAGGCAUGAGGGGAGAACUCAUUUCAUGUCUGUUGAACUUGGAGUGUGUUAUGUAGACUCCAAGAAUUACAGUGGGUGUCGCAUUCAACGAGGUUACCAGGACUGGCUUGUUGUCCUCGUUGGAUUCUACCUCUCGUUGAACGUGACAAAA